AUGAUUUCCUUCUCCUGGAUUGUGCUUGCCGUCUCUGGACUUUCGUUGUCGGCGGCCUCUUCGUUCUCAGACGAUGCGAGUCUUGUCUCACGGGCCCCCGACCCGUGUGCUGCAAUCGCAGGCCAGAAAUGGGUGGCGCCCAAGGAUGCUAGAGCUUGCUUUAAGUCUAUUCAAGUUGACCAGACCCUCAAGACUAAUAUUCUCGAUGUCGUGAACAAGACGCUCGCUUUCCAUACGUCAGUCAAUUACCAGAUCCAAGCGCCAGCACCGUUCAAUAACGACGUGCACGAGGAUCUCCUCAAGGACUUGGCCAGGAUCAAGUCCCAGAGAUACGCGUCCGACUACGACCUUCACAUUGAUCUAUCCCGGACUUUGAAACGCCUGAACGACGGUCACUGCGUAUGGAUCAAUAGGUGCUUUGAUUCAUUCUAUACCAACUUCCUUCCCAUCCCCCUCGUGCUGUUAACGGAGAAAGACGGCUCUCAGAACGUCCAUAUUGCGCCAGAGGCCUUCGAUGUUGCUACCGCCGAGUUCCCCGACCAGAUCGAUGUAUGGCAGAAUGCAUUACCUUUCGGUCUCAAGGGGAAUCUCAAAGCUCUGAAUGGCGCCAAAGUCCUUCUUAUCAAUGGACGUCCGCCAUUCGAUGCUGUCAACGCCAAUGCCCUAAUUACUGGUAGCUUCCAGUCAUUUGGGACAAGGCAGAAUUCCUUCUUCUCGAGCUACAACCGUGCAGCUACUGGGUGGAAUUACAUUAUGGGCAAUUUCGCGCAGCAAUCUCUGCCUUUAGAUGACAACGUACUCUUGACCAUUGUUCGCUCAGGCAAAAUCUUGCCAGAGACAUUUGUCCUCCCAUACCGCUCGCGCAUCUCGGCGACAGCUGUUCCUUUCACGGAUAAAGCAUCCUUCCUGGCUGGAAACUGCAAGGCCGUCGCUGGUACCAACGGUGCCGAUGUCAACGCGGCAUCUGCCCUUAGCAUCGACCCCGCGGAGAGGCCAUUGGCCAAGGUCCAGCAGCAACCGCCCAUAUCUGCGCAAGACGCUCGCAAGCACAUGGUGAACGUCUUCAUGGAUGCUGCUCCUCUUUCGAAUGUCGUUUUGCCUCCUGGGUUGCAACCUGCUUUGCCUGCGGUUAACGGCUCCAGGACUGUUGCGCAAUUCUAUAUGCUGAAGGAUGGAAAGACAGGGGCUUUGGCUCUUGGAAGUUUCUCUGACAAUAGCUUCACGGGCUUGCAAAACAGCCUGUUGAAUGGCUUGUUGUCCUUGAAAUCGCAAGGUGCUACGCAACUUGUUGUAGAUGUGAGCAACAAUGGUGGCGGUUUCAUUUGCAUUGCCCACUGGCUCCAUCGCAUCAUCAUAGGUCCCAAAGACACCACAGUGCCACAAGCAGGCCUCGACACCAAGACUCGCGCGGGACCCUUGGCGCAAUUGAUCGUCAAGCAAAUCACCGAGCAGAACCUCGAUCCGCAAGGACAAUUAGUAUUCAACCCGAUCCAGUGGAGAAAUGCUAGCAACGUAUUCUUCGCUGCCGGCCAGGAUUGGCUCCAACCGCCUGUAGAACUUACGAUCAACGGCCGAAGUGAUGCCUUCAGCCAAAGAAUUGGCCAGGAAUGUCAGCCCGAGUCCUUCGGUAUACCUCCUGAUACUGCGUUAUUCGCCCCCGACAAGGUCGUUAUCGUCUCGAACGGAAGGCGAGUCGUUUCGCUUAAAUGCGCCAGCUCUUGCUCGCUAUUCAGUAUCACCAUGGCAAAGGAAGAAGGCGUGAAGACCGUCGUACUUGGUGGCAAGAAAGACACCAAACAAGAGUACUGCGGCACUGUCGGAGGACAAUCGACGGAUUUCUCGACAAUGGACACUGAGAUCAAGACCGCGCAGCUUAAGGACAACGCUCUCGCACCCCCUGAUCUUCUUGUUAAUGGUGUCCAAGGUAUUACAUGGAGACUGGGAUUCGGAAUUCAAAAUAAGGAGGAACCCGAAGAGUGGCAAGACCACCCAGCUGAUCUGAAUCUACCUCUCACGCUGAGCAAUGUCAACAAUCCCGUCGCCAUCUGGGAGGACCUUGCAUCUCGCUUUUUCUCGUAG